AUGAAUCAGCACUAUGUAAUUCCCGCGGACAAAAGAGCUCCCGCAUAUUUUCUACCUGGGCUGAUUGGCCUACAUGUUCAGGUGGUCGGACCCCAUUUUGCCAAGGACCGUAUAAAGUUCGUUGCGGUUUCUGUCGGUAGCGCUUACAUCGUCGGUAUCGUGCUUACGUCGAUGGCUGGGAACUUAACCUUCGGGCAACUUUGUGGUUUGACCGUAUCAGCUAUCUGCGCCGCUAUCAACCUACAGAUCAUCGUUGCAGCCAUCAUUAAUCAUAAAGUUAACAUAAUGCAAGCACAUGUGGCUGCUGUUCUCAUGGCUCUCUACCAACAUUUAAUAUUCAGCCGAAUGUUUGGAACUUAUAAGGAAAACGAAAAAGCUACUCCUUCAAUCACCGGCCCUAUACUUUUUUCAUAA